UUUCAUCACAAAAUCAACACACACAAACACAGUCACUUCUAAACUGCCUAUAUAUCAAAUAUUCCCAAUGGCAUCAUCCAUGACCAUGACCUCCUCGUUCUUUGGUGGCGCCAUCACCGCCAAGCCGGCCGCGGUCACCACACAUCGCAGCCAGCUGGCAGUGAGGGCCUCGAUGGACUUGGAGAAGGCGGUGGCGGUGGCGGCUGAGACCACCAACACGAGGCGGGGCCUCGUCUUGGCAGGGAUGGCCGCAGUAGCAGCAUCAUCCGUCGCAAAAGCUGCUACGGCUGACACGAAAGACGGCGGGUAUACGCCGGUCCCCGAUCCAAGUGCACCGGAGUAUUUAAUACUGGCGACAUUCGCGGUGUCGGAAUACAACAAGCAGAACAAUAAGGCAUUGACUUUGAACUCCGUGACAAGGGCUGAGACGCAGGUGGUGGCUGGUGUGAAUUACAGGCUGUCAUUCUCGGCCCGGGGUGAUAUAAACCCGAACGCCACCUACCAGGCAGUUGUUUACUCCCAGGCCGCGCCGACAUCCCUACAGCUCACUGACUUCGUGGGAAUUUCUCGCUAGAUUUUCCGAUCGCCAGAUUGUGUAUCGGUUAAUAAAGUGUGUGAAAUAAAUAUCUCCACACCUUUCCAAGCCUCUAUAUAAGGCUUUUUCAUCAAUAAAAUUUCCCUCUUUUCUCUUGUUCA